UAACUUCCUGUUUGUUUGCCGAGAAAAUCAAACGUAUAAAACGAAAAUCGGAUUCAGAACCUCUCGGUUUUUUCAUUUCUUUUGUUUUCCUGCGUUUUCUUUAGAACCAAACAGAUCCAUGAAUUUGAUUUCGACAGUAGUAGUGGAUGAUUGUCAUGUUAAUGUAUUUGAAUUUGAAUAGUUCUCUUUAUAUAUCUGAUUGAAACUGCGCCAAGUUCGAGUUACAUGCGAAGGAUAUCCCACACUUUUUUUAAUAAGUAAUUGGCUCCGAGGGAGAUUCGAACAAGUGAGCUAAUUCACGACGUGCCGAGAGCUAGGUUAAAGGAUAUCACACACUUUGUAUUGUUUCGAGCAAAUUGCAGUAAAUUUAUCUCUUGCUUAGCUGAUUAUAUUUGCAUCUUUGGGAUUUGCACAUAUCAAAAUUUGCGAAUUAGUUUGGGUUCCAUUGAUUCCUGAGUUCGUGAUUUGUUAUUGCUUGUUCGCCUCUGUGCUCUAAUUUAUCGUUAUUUUGGAUUCCAAAGCUUUCUAUGUUCGAUGGAUAUGCCCACGAUAUGUGUUGGUUCUGCCAAAUGAUUGAUACUGUCAUUCCUUUGAUGCGUUUAGCUGUUUUCCAUGUUGAGUUUCUUGUUAUUUUGAUGAUAUUUUUCUUUGAUGGCCUGUUCAUUGCAAUUGAGUGAAUUUGUUUUGUUAUCGUGUUUUGAUGCCAACUUCUGCUAUUCUAUCUGUUUUGUUUUAGUUUGUGGAAUGCAUAAUCGGCUCAUAUCCAAUUUAAUUGGAUUGAUGCAAUGCACGUGUUGGUUUGGUCAUUCUUUGCUUUGUUUGAUUUUCCUUGCAUUUAGUUUGAGUUCAUUCUUUUAUGCUUAUUCUUUUGGGUCAAAUCAGUACAACACUCUGUUGGUUUUGUCACUUAUAAAUGCUACAUUAUGCAUUGGGAGAGUGUUAGUCCGGGUUGCCCACUUUUUAAUUGAGCUAGCACUUUUGUUGUCUACAAUAUCAUGGUUUUGGGUCUGUUUCUUGGUCACAAAUAUACAUGAGUUGUGUGCGACUUUGGUAAUGGUUGAUGGCUUGUCUUACACACAAAUUGGAACAAGAAAUGUGUAAAUCAUUGUUAUAGCUGGCUACAGAUAGCACUGAUAUUUCCCUUUCUCUGUUGCUUAUUAUCCCUUGAAUGACUGUUUGAUUAAGUAAUCAAGCUUUGUAAAUAAUCUAUAUUCUCUUGCUCGAGGAACUCAUCCAAUGAUGGAAAAUGUGUACCUAUUGAAGAAUGUUAUGCUGGUCUGAUCAUAGGUCUCUAAACAGCCGGUGAGCUGCAUGGAAUUAGUAGUCAAUUAGGCACACCAUCUUUGGUAUAUGUUAUACAAACUUAUUUGUAUGGGCUUUUUGAUGAUGUAACUUUGUUAUUUUACAAAAAGAAAACUGAAUUUCUACUCUGUACUGACAGGUUCUUUUGGUUCUGAGAUUUAGCAUUUAUACUGGGUUUUAGGAUGGAGAAAGGUAUUGGGAGUAGAAUAAAUCAGAUCUGGGGGAACUUGGUUACUUUCAUGCGCAGAAGUAUUUUUUGUGUUCUUUCUGUUGGUCCCAUUCCUAAUCAUAUUGCCUUCAUCAUGGAUGGAAAUCGUAGAUAUGGUAAAAAGCAGAAUUUGAUGAAAGGGACUGGACAUAGGGUUGGAUUUUUGGCUCUCAUGUCCAUGCUCAAGUACUGCUACGAGUUGGGCGUGCAAUAUGUAACAAUCUAUGCCUUCAGCAUCGAUAAUUUCAAACGUUGUCCCGAAGAAGUUCAAUCUUUGAUGGAUCUGAUGCAGGAAAAAAUUGAAGGGUUAAUCAAGGAAGAGAGCAUAGUAAACCGCUAUGGAGUAAGGGUGCACUUUUUAGGGAACCUGAAACUGUUGAGUGAACCGGUCAGGUUGGCAGCAGAGAGGGCUAUGAUGGCCACUGCCAAUAACUCCAAAGCAGUGUUGUCAAUAUGUGUUGCUUACACUUCCACCAACGAGAUUUUACAUGCUGUCCAAAAAUCAUGUGAAGAAAAGUGGGAGGAGAUUAGUAAAUUGAAUACAAGUGGAUCUGGAUAUGGCUUAAUUCAACUUGGAUGGAAUGAAAAGGAUGAAAGGGAGAACCUUAUUAAGCUAAUAGAUAUUGAAAAACAUAUGUAUAUGGUAGUUGCACCUGAUCCUGAUAUCUUAAUUCGUACUUCUGGUGAGACCCGCCUGAGCAAUUUUCUUCUCUGGCAGAGUGCAUACUGUUCCCUGUACUCUCCUUCUGUGCUUUGGCCGGAGAUUGGUUUUCGGCAUUUCCUUUGGACAAUCUUGAACUUCCAGCGGAAUCACUUUUAUUUGGAGAAAAAAAGGAAACAAUUGUAAAUCUUGCAGUGGGUGGAUUCACAACUUUUUGGGCCUAUAAAGCGACUGUGCCACUUUCUCUCCUUAUGUUCAUUAAUCAAACUUUGUAACAAAAUCAGAUCCAUGGGCCUGGAUCUUCUUUUUUUUUUCAGUGUCCUUUGUCCUAAUGUUUUCUUGAGAAUGUAAAAAUAACCAUAUUGCCUUUUAACACCAUAGGAUAUGCUUUACGAUGCCAAAUGUUUUGGAUGAUACAUCGAUGUGAACAAGAACUAUUUUGGGCACAUAGUGUUGUAUACUUUAAUUGGAACAAGAGAGACCAUAGCAUAGGAUUAUUGUCUAGGAGGCUAUGCUCUCUCUCCCCCCCACCAACCACAGAUCUUAUUAUUGUUUCUUGUUUCUUUUCCACGCGAUUUUUUUAGGUUUCCUGCAUAUUUCCAGCACUUACUCAGCUCACUUGAUUUGGCAAUGGGGAUAAAGGAGUAGGGCUUUUGCAGAGGAUUAGUAAUUCGUGAAUAUGAUUAUCAGAAUAUGCUUUAACAUGGUUCUUUUGACUUAGUAGAUUAAAUGCUUUAACAUGAUUAAUUUCUGCAUUUGUUACUACUUCAAUGUGCAUAACGUAUUACAUUUGUUGACAAACUUUUUUAAUUUUCUUUUCUUCUGUGUACUCUUAUCAAAAUGAAACUUAUCUUCAGGUUAGCCCUAUCAAAAUGACACUGAAACAAAGGCAAUCAAUGAAAUUUUGCUUAGGCUAGCAGUUAAAGACGCAUCCUUUAGAAGGACCAAAAUAAUUCACAAGCAGACCUAUCUUAAGGGUAUAAGAUUUUAUUGCUGCAUAAAGCUCCAAGGCACCCAAGAAGCAGGCAUAUAUUACUGUAAGAAAGCAUUGGCAAUAUGCUCAGGAAACUAAAGGGUCGUUUGGUAAUGGACUUGAUUGGAAGCUUGACCUUGAUGACACCCUUAGUAGCAAGCAGGUAGGAAAUUAUUCUAGUGGGCAAAUACUAUCCUUUUGCUUCACUAUUUCUGAACAAGGAAUGCUACACUUUUCAAAUGAUAUGUCACAAUCUAAUGAGAUGAUGAUACAGUUUUCAAAAUAAUAAAUUACAUAAAUUAAAUUGUAAA